AUGAUUUAUAGAUCUGACUCGCUGUCUGGUCAGCGGCCGCCGCACACCCUGCCCCGCAGCAGCAUCAUUAGAGCCGGCGGUGGCCUCUCACCUGUCAGAUCCACUCUGGUGCUGGACUCACUAAAGGCUCGUCUGGAAGCUGCCUCUCCUGCCCUGGGCAAUGCUGCCCCUAUCCUCAGGCAAGUUCCAGAUGAGCUGGACAGUUACAUGUAUCAGACGGUGGGUCAUCAGGCCGUGGGUCUGUACGCGGAGGCCAUGGAUGUUCCCCUGUACAGGCGCACUAUUGAGGGCUCCAGUCUGCACACGGCCAGAGAAUACAGCCAGACCGAAGGAGAAGAAGUGGAGGAUCUGUACCAGCUGCUCAAGCUUGUGAAGGAGAAGGAGCGUGUUGAGGCCGUGUCUGUCGGGGCCAUUCUGUCCGACUACCAGAGAGUGCGUGUGGAAAAUGUGUGUGUGAGACUGCAGCUCCAGCCGCUGGCGUACCUGUGGCGCCGAGACCAGGCCGAGCUGCUCAGAGAGAUCAUAUCCAGUGGCCUCCACGCCGUCGUCAUCAAAGUGGCGGCGUACGGCCUGGAUCCAGACAGGCAUUUAGGAAAGUCCCUGGCGGAGAUGGAAGCGUAUCUGCACGAGGUCAGAGGCGCACCAACACUUCUGUCAGAAAAUAAGUAUGGAGUUCAUAUCUGUGGAGAAAGAAGCGAGUAUGAGACCUUCACUGUUGACUGCCCGCUCUUCAAGAAGAAGAUCGUCAUUGACUCGAUGGAGACGAUCAUCCACUCGGCCGAUGCCUUCGCUCCUGUUGGAUACCUGCGCUUCACACGCAUGCACACAGAGGACAAGAGAGAAGGCUCCGGAGGGCGGCCUCUGCCUCUCAGUAGAUGUCCUUGCCAGAACGCCAUUGACAGCAUGACAGAAGAGCUGGAAUAUGCUGAUAAAACUCCAGACGUCCAGGGAGGAUGUCCAUCAAGCGCUGAGCGCAGUUGUCAGUCGGAGCCGGGUUGUCUGCCGUCACACUCGUCCAGGAGUUCAUCGGGUUACCAGUGGAUAUCCGGUCUAACAGCGCUUCAAUCCGAACACCCAGACGUCCAGAGCCAAACCCGGCACGUCUUCACACUCCUGCAAAGGCAGCUGCAGGAGAACGGUCUGCUGAUGAAGCACGUGCUUCUGGUUCAUCUCUACGUGAGCGAAAUGGAGAACUUCAGUCUGAUCAACUCCGUGUACUGCACCUACUUCACUCACAAUCCUCCAGCCAGGGUCUGUGUUCAGGUGUGGCUCCCGGUCUCUCAGCAGCUGCGGAUGGACGUUCUGCUUCACGACGGGACGGUGGUCUACGAGGAGGACGCUUUUCCUCAGAGAGGCACGCUUCACGUCCAGAGUCUGUCCGACUGGGCCCCGGCCAACAUCGGGCCCUACAGUCAAGCCGUGCAGGUGCGGGCGGCGGUGUUCUGCGCGGGACAGAUCGCUCUGGUGCCCUGCUCCAUGCAGCUGGUGAAGGGCCCGGUGGCUCUGCUUCAGUCACAUGGAGAAGGGUCUGCGAUGGACUCCAGACUCACACUGGCUCACGUGCUGCAGGCGCACAUCUACAUCACUCACCGUGAACACACUGCAGCCGUCACAGAGACCUGGGACACCAAACUACAGGACGUCCAGGUGGAGAGCAGCGUUGCAGUCGUGCCGUCGUUACCCAGAGGAGCAGCGGUGGAGCUGCAUGUCACGGCUGUGCUGGACCGUCCCACAGACAGAGCGUCUCAUCUCUCCGUCUCACAGAUCCCGGCGUGCAGCGUCGAGUGCCGUCUGCUGCAGUCCAGCUGCGCUCGAUACACCUCUCUGUCUCUCAGCGUGUGUCUGAGCGAUCCUCACGCAGCAGCCGAGAGCAUCACCGAUCAGCUGCUGUCUUCAUACCGGAGCGCUCUUCUCAAGACCGCCGGUCUCUCUGCUCUGUGUGCCAGAGUUUUCUAUAAGAGCCACGACUCGCUCGUCACACAGAUCGCCACAGGGUUGGAGCGGCGCUGGAGCGGCGGUGUGGGUCGCUCCGGUCCUGCUGUGGCUCUGGUUCCGGUUGAAGAUCUGCCGGAUCUGUGUGUCCUCCGCUUCUCCUGCUGGCUCAGUGUGUAGUGGACCUUCACUGGAUCACACUGUUGAGCAGUACAUGGAGUGAAAACCAUCCGCUCUUGUGAUUGUGGAGUUCUGCCGCUGCUGAUGUCGAGCUCAGAUUGCGAACAUGACACCUGUAGUC